AUGUCUUUUCUAACCGGCACUCAUCGAUUUCUUGAUCCGAAAUGUAAUGAGAUAUUAGAUCAGUUUUAUGAAUGUAUCGAAAAGAAAACUCGCGCUAUAGGAGCUUGUGAUGGUAUAUUGGCAAAAUUAUAUCGAUGUAAACAAGAAGAUCUUGAAGCUCAUCGAAAAAUGAACAAAGUUGAUACUGAACAAAAAAAGCGUGAAUUAGCGAUAGCACGUGAUCCAAUUGUUCAAAAGAAACUUGAAAUUCUUAAAAGACUACAAGAUAAACAAAAAGAGCAAGCAGCGUCUUCUUCGUCGACGUCGUAG